GUCGUCUAUCGAUAGAAAUUCACAAAAGCUGAGCUGCAUCGUCUGAAAAAACAUUUCCAUUUAUAACAUAAUAAUAACCAAGCAAACGUUUGUUGUUUAUUGUGAGUUGCUUAUUGCAAUUAGGCUUACGCUAUGGGGUCUUCUAAGAAGCAUAAGAAGAACAAGUCGGAACGGCGUGAGAAGUACGAAGAGUAUAGCCAGCAUCAGGAUCCUAAACAACUGCAACGAGGACUGAAGCUCAUCCUAAAAGUGGGCUCCAAUGCCACACCGGAAUACAAUGCGGCGGCACAGUCACCCCCCACAGCGGCAGAGGCCAUGAUGUCGCCGGAGCCGGAGGAUGAAAUGCAAAUGCAAGGAGAAAGUGGAGCGGGAGCAGCGGCACCUGGAGCUGGGAGCAGUCAUCAUCGCCACAAGAAGUCCAAGAAGAAGAAGAAGAAAAAAGAAAAGGAACGUGAGAAGAAGCAUCAUAAACAUCAUCAUAAGGAAAAACGCCACAAGAGCCGAGAAAGAGAAAGGGAGAAGGAGAAGCAUAGACAAGAUGACAAUGAAAUGGAGGACGACGAGAUGGACGAGAGUGUGCAUGUGAAAAAUGAAGUGUCGACCGUUGCAAACGAUGAGAAUGACUCUAGUCAAGAUGGUUUCAGUUUCAUGGAUGAGGAGCAAUCACAAAAUAUUCUCUAUUAUGCGGGAAUAACCACGGAUAAUUCUCCAUCCAGUUGUCCAGUCAGCAAACCCAUAAAAGCAUGUAAAUUGGACGAUUCUCCCUUGGCCUCGCCAUCGACCACCACAAACACAACCAUUUCAACGCUGGCAGCUUCACCCACCAAACCAUUGCCUGAACUCAUUAUACCUUCACCUGGAGUGGGAGGAACCGGCGGAUUGAGUGGUGCAGGUGGCGGGCACACACCUAAAACCCCACAAAGCCAGGCAGGCAGUGAGUCUGGACGAGAGCCACGCUCUUGUGUCUUGAAACUGAAGCAACAGAAAUCGCCUUUAAACAAAUUACUGGAUCACUUGCUGCGCUUCCUAGAGAAACGUGAUCCCCACCAGUUCUUUGCCUGGCCCGUGACCGAUGACAUUGCUCCCGGCUAUUCGUCGAUCAUAACCAAGCCCAUGGAUUUCUCGACUAUGCGGCAAAAGAUCGAUGAUCACGAUUACUCUGCCUUAAACGAGUUCACGGAUGAUUUCCGUCGCAUGUGCGAGAAUGCCAUUCGAUACAAUCAUGUGGACACAGUGUACCAUAAGGCAGCAAAACGAUUGCUUCAACUGGGUAUCAAGUACUUGCAACCAGAAAAUCUAAUGCGAAGUCUUAAACCCCUCUCUGGUUACAUGCGGGAACUGACAGCCAAGGAAUUGGGCUUCGAAAUGGCAGCGUCGGCGCAUGAUUUACUUAACUAUGAUCAUCACCAUCAGCCCAAUGAUUCGAAUAACGAGGACGAUGAUGACGAAAUGGUAGGAGCCCCUCCCACACCUGCCCAACUGGAAGAGGAGGAACGCAAGCGUCUCCUGCGACUGGAGAAUGCGCCAAAGACGCAUUUCGAACCGUACGUAGACGAUUUGACUGGCGAAGAGAUCUUGAGUCAAGUACAAACUGCCGCCCUCAAGGCUAAACAGCGACUAAAGGCCCAAAAGAAGAGUGCCCAUAAAAUGGGUUUUCUGCGUCAACAUAAAGAUGGCAGCACCACCUUAAAUCUCCUCAUAAGCGAACCUAACGAAGGACCCGAAAGAGUUGUGACCAUUGGAGAUUUGGUGGGUAAGCUGCAAACUGGCAGCACCCAACUCCAGCAAAGGCAAUCAGAUCCCAGGAACAUAGUGAAGACAGUGAAACCUCUCAAUUACGGAACCUUUGCCAGUUUUGCUCCAACAUUUGACUCUCGGUUCUCCACUCUGAGCAAAGAAGAAACCCAGCUGGUUUUGCAGACAUACGGAGAUGCCUCAAGUGCCGAGUACGCUGAAAGUAUUCUCCAGUUCACCAAGGAUUCCAGCUAUGGCACCCACAUAGCCAAUGGUCUUUUAGACAUUUUGACAAAUGGGGAGCAUAGUAAAUCACUUGAUGAACUUUACAAUAUGCAAUUGCAAAACCACGAGCAGCGAGAAAUGGACAAAUGUUUCCAGUCGCGUGUUCCCGAGCAAUCUGCCAAUGAUAUUGAAUUGGAGUAUGAAAAAUAUAAGAAUGUCCGAUUCGAUUUUAAGCGCUUGCACUCACUCCACGAUGAUUUGGGCAUUGACAUGAGUUUUCUCAAUCAAAUGGAAACCGAUAUGAAGCAAUUUGAAUUAUCUCGACGCAUGCAAGAGCAUUUGAGUAAUAAUCUCACCCUGAUUGAAAAAUUGAGACUUUCACAGCAGGAGAGGCUGUCGCAGCCGUUGCCUAGUCACUUGGGUUUGAUACCUCAGCCCGGGCCGGAGGAAACUCUAGUGGCCCAACAAGUCCAACAGCAAUUGAGUGAAAUGGCCAAGAAGCUUCCCCCUUCAGCCAUUGCAGAUCCCUAUUCGUUGCGCAAGGCCAUGGGAAUGUCUUAUGCUGGUUUGCCUCCUCUCACACCCUCUAAUGCUGCAGCUACCAUACAAUUGCCUGAAUUACUGCAACAGCCUGUGGCCCUGCCACAGUCGUUAGAUAUAGAUGCUCAUGUUGCUGGUGGCAGUGGAGCUGGUGGUUCUGCUCCCACUGGAGGCGGUGACUUGGAGAAUGAGUUACGAGAAUUCCUGGAAAGCGGCUCCGGCCUGCACCCGUCCACUUUGCAUCCAACCGAUGAUGGCAACAACAUUGUGGCCCAAUUGCUGCUCAAUUAAUCUGUUGCAUCCGUAGUUUUAAAAGAUUUUAAACAUAAAUUAUUUCUAUACCUCUCUUGUACACUAAAAUAAAGAUUAGGUUUUUACAAAUAUGAAA